ACUCGGUAGCGGCGCUGGCUGGGAGUCGACCAGCAGCUCAGCUAGCCGCCGGGCUAACAUGCUAGUAGCCGCUUUAAACUUUAAAAUGUUUUCACCUCCCGCUCUGCUAACUGAACGGCUUAGUCGCAGAGUUGGCGGGUUGUGCCAUGGUAUUUCAGCGCUGCGACGUUGAUGUUUUCCUAGUUUUGGAGCUAUGCUCUCACGAAAGAAAAGUAAAAAUGAAGCGUCGAAACCAGCCGAGGUACACGGGAAGUACGUGAAGAAGGAAACGUCGCCGCUGCUCCGAAAUCUUAUGCCCUCUUUCAUCCGCCAUGGACCCACCAUCCCCAGACGUACAGAAGUCCCUCUGCCAGACAUGGGGCCCUCUGCCUACCCUGUGGCCCCCAGCCGGGAGCCAGUGGUGUCCCGCAACAAGAGCUUCCUCCGUACACCUGUGCAACGGCCGCCUCAUGAGGUGGCCCGAAGAGAGAGCCAUCGCAUGUCAGCACCUCCAUACCUGCCUCGCAGUCUGGGAGAAUUGCCCCAUGAGUAUGGAGGGUCCACACAGUCCUUCCUGACUGAUGUGAGCCCCAUGUCAGAGAACGGAGACGUUAGCCGGUAUUAUUAUCCCUCUGAGCCUUACUAUGAGAACCAACAGCAACGCCAACCCAGGAGGGUCCUGGACCGCUAUCCAGAAGACUAUAGAUACUACGAGCACAAUGAACACAACUUCCAAAGAUUUCCAAGACAACACACCCCUCCUGCACCAAGCAGACCCCCUUCAGGCAUAGGUCGAAUACAGGCCAAGUCACUCGGGAAUCUGUCCAGUCUAACAGCAGAGGACCUCCCCCUUCCGGCUGGCUGGACUGUUGACUGGACCAUUCGUGGCAGGAAGUACUACAUUGACCACAACACUAACACGACACACUGGAGCCACCCUCUGGAGAGGGAGGGGCUCCCUCCAGGCUGGGAGAAAGUGGAGUCUGCUGAAUUUGGGGUCUACUACGUGGAUCACAUCAACAAGAGGGCACAGUAUCGCCACCCUUGUGCCCCAAGCGUGCCACGCUAUGACCAGCCUCCUCAGUUACCGCCUCCUGUAACCUAUCAGCCGCAACCCGCAGAGCGGAACCAGCCGGUCCUGGUGCCAGCUAACCCAUACCACACAGCAGAGAUCCCAGACUGGCUGCAAGUGUACGCCCGCGCUCCCCUCAAGUACGACCACAUCCUGAAGUGGGAGCUGUUCCAGCUGGCAGACUUGGACACGUACCAGGGCAUGCUGAAGCUGCUGUUCAUGAAGGAACUGGAGCACAUCGUCAAAUCGUAUGAGGCGUACCGGCAGGCCCUGCUGUCAGAGGUGGAGGCUCGCAAACAGCGGCAGCAGUGGUACGCCCAGCAGCACAGCAAGAACUUCAUAGGGAACAUGUGACGGACAUCUCACUGCCUGUGUGGAGGCUGGCCACACCCCUCUGAGGUUUCCACAGUUUGGGAGCGGUCAGAGUUUCUUUUGAAAUGCUGAUCGGCUUUUAAUCGCUUCUACCAAACUCCUCGCUUGAUCCAAAUAUACCAGCCAGGAGGUCAGAGACACAGGACGACUCGGGGCUCCCGUGCGACACCCCAAAUAUGACUGAAGCACAAGACAAUGAAGCAAAAGAUGUUAAGAUGGUGCAUGUGAGGAGUCUGAUUUUGGUGCCAUUUCUCACCACUGCCUUAAAAUUGACUUGCUGUAUGGAUUUUUAUUUUUUUUAUUAUUAUUCUUAACAGUGAGGGGUACAGAGCUUGGGUGGAGGAAAAAACCUGCUCUGGAUAUUUGUCCAAAAAGAAAAUGCUGAAAUUGUAGCUUUCAGUGAAGUUACAGGGUUUUUUUUUUUUUCUCUUCCUGUCAGCUCCUCUUGUGUAGAUAGCAAGUAUUUUGUCUUUUCCCCCUCUGGAAGGCAGCUUGUAAGUUGUUUCCAUAUGAAACACUUUGACAACCCCCCCCCAAUCAUUUGUUAGCCUCAUAAACUGAAACACUUUUUCAUUACACAUUAUUUCCUAUGAUUAUAUCCUCUAUCUGACAAUCCACCAAAACCCUAACAUAUAUUUAAGUUUUGAUAUGAAAACUCUAUUUAAAGUCCUUCUUGGGUAAAGCAUCACAUUUGAUGCAGCGGUUUGAGUAUCUCUCAGCAUUUGUGAGAGACAGGAAUAUUCUUGUGUGUGUAUGAUUAUAAAAAUAAGCUACUGGAACUUUUUAAAUUUGCAAGUCAAGGCUUUCAGAAGAGUUGUUAACUUUUCAAAUAAGUGCAAUUAUUUUUCUGCUUGUUUAAUCCUUUGUAUUUGUUUUCUUGAUACAGCAUUUUUUUUUUAACCACGUUUGAUUGUUUGCAUCUUGAAGGCUCAUUUUAUUGAUCACCAAUCACUUACAUCCAGAAAUUUAUUCAUAGGUCUUGUCCAGUAAAUGCCAAUAAUUAUUAUUUUGCCACAAAUUUUUUAUUUUUAAUCCUCAGGCAGUUUAAUAUCUGAUCUGUAACUUCUUUUUUUUUUUUUUUACAAAUGGCAUUGGUCAUUGCAACAUUUUGAAUUUUGAGGAUUGCAAAUGGAACAUAAGCAACACCGCUUGCAGUGUGGAAAAAUACCCCUUUAGGAUGUAGCAGUGAUUCUGUGAUGCCCUUUAACUUUCCUGCACCUCAGACUGACGAUGACACUAAACGGUGUUUGUGGAACACAGUUUAAUUCAAGCUGCAAUCUGUUUUGUAUAUCUGCACAUUAUGCUAUUGGCCUUAAUAAAUUACUCAAGUUUGGUUU